AUGGCGGGGAGCGCGUGCUGCUGGCGGUCGCUGGCCGUGGUGCUGGCGGUGGUGGGCGCGGCGGCGACGACGGCCGGGGCGGCGCCGCAGGUGCCGUGCUACUUCGUGUUCGGGGACUCGCUGGUGGACAACGGCAACAACAACGGCAUCGUCUCGCUCGCGCGCGCCAACUACCCGCCCUACGGCGUCGACUUCGCCGGCGGGCCCACCGGACGCUUCUCCAACGGACUCACCACCGUCGACGCCAUCUCCAAGCUUCUGGGCUUCGACGACUUCAUCCCCCCGUUCGCCGGUGCGACCAGCGACCAGCUCCUCACCGGCGUCAACUUCGCCUCCGCCGCCGCCGGCAUCCGGGAAGAGACCGGGCAGCAGCUGGGUGGACGCAUCAGCUUCAGCGGGCAGGUGCAGAACUACCAGAGCGCGGUGGAGCAGCUGGUGAGCAUCCUGGGGGACGAGGACGCGGCGGCGAACCGCCUGAGCCAGUGCAUCUUCACCGUCGGCAUGGGCAGCAACGACUACCUCAACAACUACUUCAUGCCGGCCUUCUACGACACGGGGAGCCGCUACACGCCGGCGCAGUACGCCGACGACCUGGCGGCGCGCUACACGCAGCUCCUCCGCGCGCUCUACAGCUACGGGGCGCGCAAGGUGGCGCUCAUCGGCGUGGGGCAGGUCGGGUGCAGCCCCAACGAGCUGGCCACGCAGAGCGCCAACGGCGUGGCCUGCGUCGACCGGAUCAACGUCGCCGUCCGGAUGUUCAACCAGCGGCUCGUCGGCAUGGUCGACCAGUUCAACCGCCUCCUCCCCGGCGCGCACUUCACCUACAUCAACAUCGAUGGCAUCUUCUCCGACAUCCUCCGGGCGCCCGGCGGCCAUGGCCUGAAGGUGACCAACCGGGGCUGCUGCGGCGUGGGGCGGAACAACGGGCAGGUCACCUGCCUGCCGUUCCAGACGCCGUGCCCCAACCGCAACGAGUACCUCUUCUGGGACGCCUUCCACCCCACCGAGGCCGCCAACGUGCUCGUCGGCCAGCGGGCCUACGCCGCCCGGCUCGCCUCCGACGUGCACCCCGUCGACCUCCGCACCCUCGCACGCCUCUAG